CAAGAAUUUGAGCAAUGGAGAAAAUGGAGAUUGAGAAAUGAAUUUAUACUAAAUUCACUUAUAAAGCUUUCAGUACCGGUCAACUAUUUUACGAAAUUCUUGAAAAGAGGGAGAAAUGGAUCCAACAGCAAGUUUCAUUUAAUACAUCUGAGAAAUGAGAUUUGUUAUGGGCCAAAAACUCUAAAUUUAACGAAAAAGAAAUUUUAGACAAAUUUAUCGUCAUUAACUAUAUCCCCAAGAUCAGUCAGAUUCUUGAAAGUGAUUUCAUCCAAGGAGCAAUUCUUAAAAUUCUAAAUUUUCAGAAGAGCUCUUAUAAAAACAAAGACCAAACCAAAGAGUCCAGCCCUAAGAUCCAUCCCUUCUACCUCUCCAACUUCAAAACCCCCACAAAACUCCUCACAGACACCACCUACAUUCCAAAUCCACCCCAAGAUUACGACACUGACUGAAACAUCAACGUUCUAAAAGAUAUUUAUAAAUACAAUAACUCUUUCUGAAGAAUAUCGAUGUUUGUUAUGGUUAAUAAGUGAAACUUUGAAGAUGCAUAUGUGUUUGGAGAACCCAUGCUUGACCUCAUAAUUGAUUUACCAGAUACUCUUUCUAAAUUUUCAGAGAAGGUAUCUUUCCGGAAAUUUUUAAACUACUUAUGAAAUCUUAGGGAAAAAGAUGAUCCAGAAGUCUUAUUCCAGAAAUUGUUCUCAGAUUUUUGAAAAUAAAAUUGCCAUUACACUUUUAUCCAUUUGCUGCUAUAUGAAUGAAAUCAAGCUAAAGCAUAAAUAUGUUCAAAUAUUUACCUUCCAGUUUGUGCUAGACAAGAGCCUUGAUGCCUAUUUAGUCGAUGUUAUAGCAGGAGUCAAUAUGAAUUCAAUGGGCCAAGUUGAUGACAAGAUCAGAACAGGAGUUAUUAAUGGAAUGCUCGACCUUAUUGAGCCCUAUAUUGAAAAAAUUAGAACAGAGAUGCUAGCAAUACCUUCUCUUAAGAUUGUUGUACCAAGAACGCCUUCUAAGCCAUUUCAGAUGAGGAAGAAGAAAUCUAAAUAAACAUAUUCGGAUGAUUGGCCAAAAAGUUAGCUUGCCAAUUUCUAAAUAGCAAAAAUGCUGAUCUAAAUUUAAUAAAGAAAAAUAGCGAUGAUCGAUUUUCAACUGCAAAAAUUCAACCACUUGGAUCCUUCUCAGAAAUGGUCAAGCAAAGUUCCUUAACCAUUUCUCGCAAUUCAACAAGACAAAGAUCUACAAUUAAUGGUUCACUAGGUCACAAAUAAGCCAAGGAUUUUAGUAACACCAUUUCUUAAGAAAGAAGAAAAUAAGGAGAGCCAGAACUUCUUAUCAUCAACGAUUACCAAAUCACCGGCUAGAUCAAAAACAAGCCAAACAGCUUAUGCUCCGAAGAAGAGCGAAGGGAAGUCAUAUUCUAGCUUCACCAGAGCUUUCUUAAACCACAUCGUUAAGAAUAUCGACAAUGUCAAUUUUGAUAAGAUGCCACAACAAGACCAAAAGCUUGAUGAAAGUGAGCAACGAAAGGCGGAUUUAUUAGAAAACCAAGAGAAGAGUAAAAGAUUUGUUGAAAUGGUGAAGAAGCUUGAUUUAAAGAACCACUGAAUUGAUGAAGAAGACCAGAAAAUCAAGAACAAAAUUCUUAAUAGAGUCUCCAGUGCAUACUCCCCAGUCAAUACUCCUAAAAUUUUGAAAAACCGACCUGAGUCAAAUCUUGACAAAGUAGAAGUAGAAAAUGAUAAAGCGAUUCAUUCUGAGAUCAAGAAAUAUUCAAUCUCAGAAACGUACAAAUCUGCGUUCCAUUACUAUAAGAAAAGAAACAGAGGAGUUCUAAAGUUCAUUCAGCAGCAGAAUGAUCUUGAAAAUGGGUGUCUCAUUGGAGACCUUACUGACCCUCCUCCACCAAAGACGGCUAGGAACGAAGAGUCUAAUUGGAACCCUUUCAAAAAGAAGACUAAGAUUCCUUCUGAAUUUCUAUUACUUAACGAAUACCCAGAGGAACAUGAUGAGAUGGAUACGAAACUUUUUUACUUGCGAGAGAUAAACAACUAUAUUAGAAAGGGAAGGCUGCAGAAAUUUAUUAAUUCAGACCAGCUAUUCUCUGUCUAUAAGAGCGAAGAGACUGAUGUGUUCGACCACAAGAUCUCAGAGCUAGGAUUUAAAGCCGCAAUGGAAUCAUUAAUGAAAAAGCACAGUGUCAAUAUAGACAGAUUUAUUGAAAGAUACAACUAUUUUUCACACCCUAAAGAGAUAGUCAGAGAGAUAUACCUAGCUAUUCAGGACCCUGACCGAAAUAAGAAAAUUUUAGAAUCCCUCGGCAUGUCUGAAAGUGCAUAUGACUUUUCAGCAAUGAAGAAGUUAUUUAAAAAGAAAAUUGUUAAUAAGGGGCCACUUGGAAGAGCCCUGUCUACUUCAAGAAGGACCAUUAAAGAACCUGAGAUGCUGAUUGAAGAGCUUAAGAAGAAGUUCAUUUUAAGAAAUAUUGACAAACGAACAUCCCAUCAGAACUAUACUCAUAGAAAAAGUGCUAUUCACUCUGGAAUAAAGGAUGCUUGGGUGAAGAGCAGUGAUUACCUCAGCCCAGAUAGUAUUGCUCCAAACACACCUAAGGCAUCCUCACCAAGAUUUGUUCCAAAGAUUGCUAAGUCUUUUUCUCCCUCAUUAUCUACUAAGAAGUCUACUAAGGCCAAGAUGAAAUGGCAAAUCGCUAAAAAUAUGCUUAAAUUUGAGGGAAAGAAUGAAGAAGAUGACUCAAUGAAAUCAAUGUUCAAAGAUCUAGGCAAAAAGGGGAAGUUAUCCGAUGUAAUCAGUGUUCUUGUCAUGAAGAUCAAACUAUUCAAAGAAUCACAGAAGAAGAAUAUGCAGAUGAUGGAUGAACCUGAGCUUAAAUAUGCUAGAUACUACAAAUUAAUGCCCACAGGUGAGGGUAUAAAGGAGAACAUCAGACUUAUAACAGAGAGUAACGUUGAUACCUUCUCUGGUGAGAAAACCAUUGAGGAAAGUUUCCAGAUCCUGCUCAGUGCGAUUAAAAAGCAUGACUACAAGAUGGAGUAAUCCCUAAUUACUUAAUAUUUAUAAUAAAUCUGAGCUGCUUCUUUGC